AUGUGCUGUGCCCAACUUUUCGGCGCAGUGCAGGCGCGUAUGUUGCGUAUCCGACGAAUGUCCUCACCUGCUCAGCCUCCUCUGCCUCCGCACGCCUCUCCUCCUCCUCCGUACGUGCACAGGGACGUGCGCAUGUCUCACUCACCAGCGGACAGCACUUUCAAGAGCGGCAGUGAUGCCCGUGGCGGUGCGUGGGAGGCCAUCAUCGAUAAGGCCGUCUCCUUCGUCACGGAGUAUCUCGCCUCCACCACACGCGAGUUCGACCCGGCAGCACCGCUCUCACAACACAUGCUUCACCUCCUUGACCACGGAAGCCUGCGGGACAUCUUAGUGGAGCGAAACUACAACGAACUAUGUGGGUGCUUCGGGUGCAGCAACAAGCCACGGGGGCUGCUCGCUGCGGGCAGUGGCACGCUGUCUUUCGAGUGGGACUCCUCGCUGUCCUUAUCCGCAUCAGACGCGGAGGGUGAUGAUAUCACGGACGAAGAGGCUGAUGGGCGCAGCCAUGGCUCACACAGGCGCGGGCGAGGAGAGACGGCAGACGGCGCAGCGGCAGCGGCACAACCCACCAACGAUCAGCCGGGCACAGAUGCUGAGGAGAUCGUCUACGAGGAGGACUUGUACACGGCAGAGUCUUUCCGACUCGCCCAGCGCCAACGCGCUAUGCUGAACCGCAUGCAGCGCAAGAAGCUGAUGCGGGAGCAGAGGGCGAUGCGAGCUGCCGCGACGUCGGAUGGUGCGGCUGUGCGACCAGCUCCGGUGGGCCCGGGCGGUACCGCACCGGUGUCCUCGCGCGUACUACGUAACGGCUUGAUGGGCGCCAGUUUCCCGCAGCGCUUCUGUAGCCCCGAGUGCGAGGAAACGUACGAGUCAAGCAUUAUGCGGCGUGUGUCGCCGUACUUUGCAUACGACUACCCUUCUGUCUUCGGCGCCAUCACGAAUUUGUUUCCCAACUUAAGAGUGGCCGCGCUGCAGCAACUCGCUGGCGCGGAGACAUUCUCUGCGGGACUGGUGAAGCGUGUCCUGGAGACCCAGCAGCAGGAAGGCGGAGACGCACCGGCUAAUGCCUCUGCCUCUGUUUCUGCUGGUCCUGCUGGUGGUGCGCUGAAGCCGGUGCAAGUGGGGGUCUCUCUCGAAAGUAACGAGCUCAUCCGCCGAAGCCCGGGCAAGCGCGCGGCGAGAGUUGCGCACAAGGCACGCGGCGUCGGCACGGCAACGCAGAUGAAUGACGCGUCUUCGGCACCGCUCCUUCGCGCGGUGCUUGAGCAGAUGCAAGUGCUUCAGCACGUGUGGAACAACGAAGUGGGGCCGCGCUUGUCGGAGACGCGCCUGUCGCGAAUGGCGGAUGACGCCGCUACCGCGCCGUCUCCUACGAGUGCAGCCACUGCGGCGAGGUGCUUUGGGUCUGCACAGGUGCCGGCGUCGUUCCCGCCUCGCUCAGUCCUCCGCGGAUCGCUGCUGCUACUUGACUUUAUCAUGAACACGAGCUCCGCACAAACGCGUCGGCUCUUUCACGCGCACUAUGCGCGUCAUCGUCCCGCGCUGCAGCGGUGCCUCACUGCCGCGGCUUCACCACGCGAAGCCAGGGCAAGCUCGCUCUUCUACAGCGUCUCUGCGGAUAUCGUCGCUGAGCUGGAGAAACGCAGCGUCGAGGGUUUGGCGGCGGCUGGCGCCGCUGAGGAACCCGUCGGUGGCACGGCUUUCGAUGUCGAGAAUGAGGGUCUUCGCGUAGACCCGGUGCUGCAGCAGCAGCGCCGCGAGCUGUUCGUCUCGCACAUCUUUUCCGAGGAUGUGACAGCCAUGCUGUCUCGUCUUCUGUUUGUGGACUACACCGUCCUGUCCAGCAUGUCUUGGUCGGGCGUGUGGUUCUCUGGUGUAUCUCUUCGCCUGCCUGCGGGGCAGCAGAGCAGCAAAUGCUCGCUGUUGCGCAGCCUGCAGUUUCCAUUCGCCAUACCAGCGGUGCUGCUGCAGACUGCAGAGUCGACGCCGGAGGUGCUAGGGCUGGCCAUGAUUUUCUUAAUCGCCGCCGGCUGCUGCUCCGAGGGUGUGUGGCGCGGCUGCAUGCGGGAGGAAGUGGCCUUUGACGAGGUCGCAGAGGCGAUUGGGCUGACCCGCGACGACAUCACCGCAGCGGUGGGGUCGCUGAUGUUGGGCGAGGAGGUGUGA